GCAUAUACACCGGAAUUCUUGCUGUAACAUUGUGGAACAUAUUCAUCAACAAACGCUGGCCAAUGCGACGAGCCUUGAUUGUCAUCAUUAUUCUCCUCUAUGCUCUGAUUACUAUCAAUGUUGCUGUCGAAUGGUCAUUUAUACACUCCGCAUUCAUAGCAAACGGGCAAAGCUUUUGGACCGUAUACUACUUGAAGCUUAUUAGUGUGAAUGGAGCAAUCACUUUGGAGGCCGGUAUUCCAGCCUUAAUGAGUACCAUCCUCGCUGACUUAUAUAUUAUUUGGUGUUGUUGGAUGGUCUGGGGACGGCGCUGGCUUAUUGUUCUGCUUCCAAUCCUUUCCCUAAUUUCCGCAAUUGUGUCGCGAAUCAUUGAUAUGUAUCAUAUAUACUCCAGUGCAUCGGGUUCAGUAUUCCUGACGCUCUCCAUAUCUUUCGUCCUGGCAACAACAUUAUGGUGCACAUUGUUCAUCAUUUUCCGUAUUUUGACUGUUACUGGGGUUAGACGUGGAGCAGGCAGCCGACUGAGAGUUUAUCACUGUUUUAUUGAAGUGCUAAUGGAGUCCUCCGCUCUCUAUUCGAUAACUCUGAUCAUAUAUCUGGUGUUCUUCAUUCGUGCUGAUUUUGGAUUUUAUUACCUUGAUUCCAUAGCUAGCAUUGCAAAGGGAGUUGCACCUACGCUUCUUAUUGGCAGAGCAGCGGCAGGACACACCCGCCCAACCGAAGAACUUGAUGAAAGUGCGACGGUGUCAACCCUUCAUUUCCAGAUGUCUUCGCAAUCUUCGCAAUCUUUGCAACCUUCCAUGGCAAGCUUUCAGGAAUCCACCAGGCAGAGCGCAGCCCUUGAAAUGGACAUUGAAGCUCAACGGGAGCGGUCAGAUGAGCUCGUGGUAGUUGUUGAAAGGACACACUAGAGCUCAUGGCGAGCGUCUGAAAGUUGGGAAGGAAGGAAGGAAGUUUUAUUAGUCGCCGGUGCUCCUUAAAAGAAACGUAACGACGUCCGUACUACAGUUAGUUACUCUGAGAAGGUAUAACGCUAG